AUGUAUAAAAUGUGGGAACAUAUUUACGGCAAAAGGAGGCACAUUUACAUAGACAUGAUAAAGACCCUCUGGGAGAAGUGCGUCCACCUGACAGAGAAGAAACAAAUCCCAAAGAAAUUUUUAUUUAAAGUUUGGUGGAAGGCCUACUCGGAUUUCGUGGUGGAGCUGCAAAAUUUUGACUCCCAAAAUGUCAGCAGCUUUUACGAUUUAUAUUACAAAGACCGCUGCUCCAGAUAUACCUACGUGCAAUUCAUCAUGGAAAAUAAAAAGGCCUGGAAGGAAUUCACCGCACGGAUGAAAGGUAAGUGGACGAAUAGGUUGCUCGGCGAGUUGAGGGCCUACUCCAGGUAG